AUGGGUAAACCAAACCAUACGCAAGGUUACAUAUGGCAAAAUCCAGAAAAUACCGAAGGACUCAAAGUACCAAUUGGAAAGGGUGCUCGACUCAUUGUAUGCCACGAUGGUUCACCUUCAUUUGGAUUUGUGAACAAUUCGAAAUUGGUCUUUCGAUGUAAAUCGGGUAGUACGGAAGACUACCAUUCGCAAAUGAACGCGGACAUUUUUGAAAAAUGGUUUGUUGAAAUAUUGGCCAAUUUAGAAGAACCGUCUGUUGUGGUAAUGGACAAUGCUUCCUACCAUUCUAUGCUAGCCGAAGAGUAUCCUAGAGCAAACGUGCGAAAGGCAUAUAUUCAGAAAUGGCUUGAAAAAAAAUGCAUUUCAUAUUCACCGGUAGAAACAUUGUGUGAACUACGUGAAAAAGUUAAAAUGGCCAUACCUCGAGAAAAAAAAUAUAAACUUGAUGCAGUUGCGUUACAAAUGGAUCAUGAAGUGGUAAGACUCCCACCUUACCACUGUCAGUACAAUUGA